AUGAGUAAUAAAAGAUCACCAUUUCUAUAUCCGGGAGCAAUUUCGUCUUCAGAUCAAUUGGCAAUCUUACACUUAAAAAGAGAUCUCCAAACUCCAACAAUUCUCAAGAGCACCGACGAAAAGGAUGAGGGAUACGCAGAGGGAAAGGUGACGAACACUCGAUUUGGAUCUUUUCCGCACACAACGUUGAUUGGAAUACCAUGGGGAACUCAAGUACUUGCAUCCAAAGUUGAUACCGGAUCUAGAGGGCGAAGAGGUGACAAAAAACGAAAGCGAGACGAUGUAGAAGCUGUCGAGACCCUGAAAACCGAAGAAGUUACCACAGAAAAUGCAGAAGAUGGAUCGCCAACGCCUACGAGCACCAAAGAGAUGACGGAGGCUGUAGCUGCUGGAAGUGGAUUCAUACAUUUCCUGCCCCCUACACCUGAAAAUUGGACCAAUUCAUUACCACAUCGAACGCAAGUUGUUUACACGCCUGAUUACAGUUAUAUUUUACAUCGUAUACGCGCAAGACCGGGAACAAGUAUAAUUGAAGCCGGAGCUGGUAGUGGAUCCUUCACACAUGCAUCUACAAGAGCUGUAUUUAAUGGAUAUCCUGAUGAACAUACAACAAAGAAGCGCAAGUUGGGCAAAGUCUGGAGUUUCGAAUUUCAUGAACCGAGACAUGCAAAAUUAGUUGAGGAAUUGCAAGAGCAUGGAUUGGAUGAACUUGUGGAAAUCACACAUCGAGAUGUUUGUGAAGGGGGAUUCUUAGUUGAUGGAAAAAGUCCAAAGGCUGAAUCUAUAUUUCUGGACUUACCUGCUCCAUGGUUAGCGCUCCCACAUCUUACUCGAUCUCCUCCGCCUCCUAUCAAGAACCCUAACGGCGAACUGUCUCCAACGAAGCCCAUCACCGAACCAUUCAUUUCUGCUCUCAAUCCAGAAGCACCAGUUCAUCUAUGCACUUUCUCCCCCUGUAUCGAACAAGUUCAACGGACUAUAUCUGUUAUGCGACAACUUGGCUGGGUCGAUAUUGAGAUGGUAGAAUUGUCAGCAAAGCGAUUUGAAAUCCGGCGAGAACGAAUAGGUAUCGAUAACGGAGUACAAAGAGGUCUGCAAACUACACCAGCCAAUGUCGAGGAAGCCGUGAGUCGGUUAUUAGAAGUUGAAAUCGGACAUCAAACUUUCCACAAGAAAGGUGAUGCUCCAGACAAAAUGCCAAGACAAAAUCCAAAUACUAGGGAAACAUUGAUAAAAAGUUUGGUCGAGGGCAAGAUUUAUAAGGAAGGAAAAUUGAUACACAAGACAGAACCAGAGGUCAGGACUCACACUUCGUAUCUGGUGUUUGCAGUGUUGCCGAGGGAGUGGAGUGAAGAGGAUGAAAGAAAGGCAAGACAAAAGUGGCAGGUGAACUUUAAUGGCGAGACGGAGACUAAUACCACAAAACAAGUUGAGCUGCCUAUGAGCAAGAGACAAAUGAAAAAAGCCGCGAGAGCCAGCCAUAUCAAACCAGAGGCCGCUGCUGCUCCGCAGGCUGGUGAUGGUGUAGGAUCUGCAAAUGGGGCGACUGGACCAGUCGAAGAGAAGACUGGAGAAAAGCCGGAGGCAUAG